AUCAGAAUAUCCACCUAACUCAGUAGCAUCUUAGGGCUAUUUAUAAACCUGACAGUUAUGGACACACACCCGUAGCUUUGUGAAGUCCUUCUAGUCUUUGGAAGAAGAAGAAACCUUGGAGAAAGUGGGUCUGGGAAGACGGAAACUACGAAGCUCGUCCUGCGAUACUUAGCGGCGAUACACCAUAAGCGCAACAUCACGCAGCAGGUGAUGUACAUUCAGGGCUUCAUAAAAGAGCAAGUUCUGUCAUCUGUAUUGUAUUUAUCCAGUAACACUUUUUCCUUGUCCCCUUUGCUUCAAUGACACAGAUUGAGAUACUGGAAGCGGCACCGCUUUUAGAAUCGUUCGGAAAUGCCAAAACCGUGAGGAACGAUAACUCAAGCCGCUUUGGGAAAUACGUGGAGAUUUUUAUGGAGGAAGGUGUGAUCAGUGGUGCCAUAACCUCACAGUAUCUACUUGAGAAGUCCCGGAUUGUGUUUCAGGCCAAAAAUGAGAGGAACUAUCAUAUUUUUUAUGAAAUGCUUGCCGGCCUUCCUGCACAACAGAAGCAGGCGUUUUAUCUUCAGGAGGCUGAAACAUAUUACUACCUCAACCAGGGGGGCAACUGCGAGAUCCCAGGAAAGAGGGACGGGGAAGACUUUCGCAGGAUCCUCAGCGCCAUGGAGAUACUCAACUUCAGUGUCGAAGAACAGAACAGCAUCUUCAGGGUUCUGUCUUCCGUUCUCCACCUUGGGAACGUGUUCUUUGAGAGAUAUGAGGCUGAUUCCCAAGAGGCGGCUACCGUUGUGAGUGCGCGGGAGAUCCGUGUGGUGGCCGAGCUUCUCCAGAUCUCCCCAGAGGGCCUGCAGAAGUCCAUAACCUACAAGGUCAUGGAAACGAUGAGGGAGAAGAUAUUCACUCCUUUGACUGUUGAGAGUGCUGUUGAUGCCAGAGACGCCAUUUCCAAGAUCUUGUACGCCCUCCUGUUCAGCUGGCUCACAGACAGGAUUAACACGCUGGUUUACCCAAAAAAUGAAGCAUUGUCCAUCUCCAUCCUAGAUAUCUAUGGAUUUGAGGACCUAGCUUUCAACAGCUUUGAACAGCUUUGCAUUAAUUAUGCAAAUGAGUAUCUGCAGUUUUUUUUCAACAGUGUAAUAUUUAAAGAAGAGCAGGAUGAAUACAUCAGAGAACAGGUCAGCUGGCAGGAAGUGUCAUUCACCGAUAACCAGGAGUGCAUUGACCUGAUUGCCGCAAAGCCUCAUGGGAUACUCCGUAUCCUUGACGACCAGAGUUGUUUUCCUCAGGCAACUGACCACACCUUCCUUCAAAAAUGCCACUAUCACCAUGGCAACAACUCCCUGUACUCUAAGCCAAAGAUGCCUUUGCCCGAAUUCACUAUAAAGCACUAUGCUGGCAGAGUCACCUAUCAGGUCCACAAGUUUCUGGAUAAAAACUUUGACCAAGUCCGCCAGGAGGUCCUUGAACUCUUCGUUCAAAGCAAAAAUAAGAUGGUGGCCGGCCUCUUCUGCAAUCAUGCCCAGUUCCUCAGCCAGCAGUCCCACGUUAGGAAGACGAGUACCGUGACCCGGCGCUACCAGCCACCCACCGUGGCUGCCAAGUUCCAGCAGUCCCUCCUGGAGCUGGUGGAGAGGAUGGCGAGGUGCAAUCCCUUCUUUGUGCGCUGCAUAAAACCGAACAGCAGAAAGGAGCCGGGCAUAUUCGAGGUGGAGCUGGUCGCUACCCAGCUUCGCUAUUCUGGGAUCUUGGAGACGAUCCGCAUCCGUAAGGAAGGCUACCCCAUCAGGCUGGCAUUCCACACAUUCCUCUGCAGGUACAAAGCCCUACUGGGAAUACAGCAGCCACCUCCCCCGGAGGGUGAGAACUGUGUUCUCAUGCUGAGGAAGCUGUGUCCCGUCAGGGCAGGCCAGUACCAAGUGGGGGUGACCAAGCUGUUCUUGAAGGAGGAGGUCUACCAGCUGCUGGAGAGCAAGCGGGACCGAGUGCUGCAUGUGGCCGCCCUCACGCUCCAGCGAUACACACGGAUGUUCUUUGUCCGGAGACGCUUUGUCGCCUUCCGCAAGAAGAUCAUGUGGCUGCAGGCCCACUGCCGAGGAUACCUCACUCGGAGGGGUUACGAGAAGAUGAGGGCGAGCCUGGUGAAGUUCCGCUCCCUGAUUCUCAUGUAUAUCAGCCGCAAGAGAUACAUCAAGAUGAAAUUUGAGGCCAAGAGAUUAGCUGAGGAGGAAAGGCAGCAACGGGAAAUGAUGUCUAUUUCAGCUGGUGGUGUCCCUGAUGUUCACGUGCAGGAGCUGACGAGGCGGGAGGUGGUCAACGUUACUCACCUGGCCAUUCCAGCUGAGCUGGCAGGACUCUUGCAGACUGUUGCAGUGGGUAGGGAGAUGCACUCGGAUUGUAUUGCCCUGGUUGAAGCCCCCAGGAUUGAGGUAGACUCUCAGCUCACCCUACCACUCGACAUCAACAACCACCCUAUCUCCAGAUAUGUACAGAUUCACUUUAGGGAGCCCAAGUUUGGCAUGUUGAUGGCACCUCUUGAGACCCCAUUGACCCACGUACAGGAUGACUUACGGAGAGAGGUCCUCGGCGUCUUCAUCAUGGUUCUGAGGUUCAUGGGGGACCCCAAUCUCAAUGGGGCCCAGGAGAAUAUGUUUGGGAAUUACAUCGUCCAGAAGGGUCUGGCUGCACCGGGCUUGAGAGAUGAAAUCCUGUGUCAGGUCACCAAUCAGGUCUGCAGGAAUCCCAACCCAUCCAAUGCGGAGAGGGGCUGGCUGCUUCUGCUGGCCUGCCUGAGUGCCUUUGCGCCGACACAGUCGCUGGAGAAGUAUCUGCUCAAGUUUGUCUCAGACUAUGCCCAGUAUGGUUAUGAGGCACCCUGUCAGCACAGGCUCAUACAAGCCAUGCAGAAGUCCCGGCUUGGCCCAGAGGCUGCGAGGACCCAUCCGUUGUCUUUGUUGGAGUGGACGGCCAACCGGAAGAAAGCAAGCAUGGUGCUUCAGGUUCACUGCUUUGACGGGUCUUCUUUCCUGUGUCCCCUUCACUGCUGGACUAGUGGGGAAGAUCUGGCAGGGACCAUCCUACAGCACAGAGGUGUGGAAGAUAGCUGGAGGGGCUGCUCCAUCCUCAUGAAGGAGCACAGCCAGUGGGUGGAGCUGGCGGGCCACGACUACGUGCUGGACCUAGUGGCCGACCUGGAGCUGGUACCAGGGUUCCCUAGGCAGAAAUCCCACUUCAUUGUCUCGUCGGAGGGCCCGUCCCAGGGCCGACCCCGCACCAGCCUCGCCCUGUUUGGAAGCGGCUUUGAGUCAGAUGAGGACUCUCCUGUCCAGCAGGACACCCCUCUCACCAGUGGCUUGGACUCCAAUGGAUUCUAUGGCCAUGAGUCUGACAGCUUCGCUGAGACUCCCAAUCAGAAGGGCAUGGACCGGUAUCUCGACAGCCUCUUCGACCCCGUGUUCUCAGACAGCAGUGGGGACCCAGAGAAGUCCACCAGCAUCUCCGGCAGGAUGAAGGGGGGUGGGGGGGUCGGAGCGACGACAGGGGGGAGGACCCAGCCCGGCGGCCGCGGACACUACCCCCCAGGACUGCAGCCUGGAGCUGUGCAGGUCCUACCUGUGAAGGGGACCAUGGUACCAGGGGUCAACCCGGUGCCACCCAUCUCCCGCACUGUGGAAGAGACAUCGGCCACGCCCCCUACACCGGCCACGCCCCCCACAUCAGUGCCACGCCCCAGGCCCAACCCCACACCGGCCACGCCCCCCACGUCCAUGACACACCUCACGUCAGCUGAAGAAGGGAUUCCGCCUGCCCCAGUGAUGCCGCCCUCGCCAGCGAUGUACGCUAUGCCACCGAUGGGCACUGUACCAGGAAUGCCACCGAUGCCAGGGAUUCCUGUGAUACCCAAUGUGCCGGGUGCAGAGCAAAGCGUUCUGGCCCAGCAGCAACAAGCCAUCAUCAACCAGCAGGCCAUCAUCUUGGCUCAGCAGAUGACCAUGCAAGCCAUGGCCCUGCAGCAUCAAAUGUACAGCGACCACAUGACCAGCCCCGUGAGCGGUCACGUGACCAACCCUUACGUCAAUCCCUAUGCGAGCUCUCAGCCCCAUCACCCUCCGCUGACCCCUCUGCCUCGGGCCACCCUGCCGACUUCCAGCGCUCCCAUGGCGGGAAGCCCACUUCGGAGCCAGGCGAGGCCCCCACACCAUGGUCGCACACCCCUGCCUCCCUCCCCAGCCCUGCCCGGCAACGUGGUGAGGUCCUCCGUCACCAACGCGGAGCACAUCGAGCCCAGCCACAACAUCAAGGACAUCAUCAAGCAGCACCAGCCUGGCCCGCCGCUCAGGCCCUCCGAGAUCGCCAGGAAGGAGGGGAAGGUGUUCGUGAAGAAGACGGACCCGCAUGAUGAAGCCAUGAGCAUCCUGAAGGGGCAGAUAGACACUCAGCCCCCCCAGGCCCCCACUGCCCCAGCUCCUACCCUGUCCCCAGCAAAAGCCCCCAAGGACGGUGCCCCCACCCCCACUGCGGACAGGAGCGCCAAGGCGAGGCCCCCAAAAGCGCAGCUACCUGUGGAGUCUGACAGACCCCCAGCCCCACUGCCAGUGUCUAGGGAGCUGCCGGUGGAGGAGGAGAGCAUACAGACGCAGCUGCACCGGUGGAGCAGUGAGGAGCAUUACACUUACGUCAAUGUGCCCUGGAAGCUCUAUCUGCGGAAGGAGGUUUUCUACCCUAAAGACAGUUUUAAUAACCCUCUACUGCUGGACCUCAUAUUCAGACAGAUAGUCCAUGACACGUUCUCCGAGGCCUGCAUCCGCAUCACGGCAGAGGAACGCCAGAACAUGAAGUCGCUGUUUGUGGAGAACCGCAUCGAGCUGAGCUCCGCGCCACCAGACGAGGGCGUGAAGAAGAAGGUUGUCACUACAGCCAGAGACACCUGGGAGAUUUACUUCUCCCGCCUCUUUCCUGCAUCUGGCAGCGUGGGAACUGGAGUCCAGGUGCUGGCCGUGUCCCAUAGGGGGAUCAAGCUGCUGAGGAUGGUGAAGAGCAGUGCCUCAGCACAGGAGUUCUUCCGGGUUCUUCGGCCGUACAGCUACACGGACAUCAUGUUCGUCACCAUUCCCUCCAAGAACAUGCUGGAGUUCAACCUGACCAACGAGAAGCUGAUCCUCUUCUCCGCGAAAGCGCCGCAGGUCAAAGCCAUGAUCGACUUCUUCAUCACUGAGCUGAAGAAGGACUCGGAUUAUGUAGUGGCGGUGCGUAAUUACAUCACCGAUGACCGGUCACUGCUCAGCUUCCAUAAGGGCGACAUCAUCCGGCUGCAGCCCAUGGAGGGCCUGGAGGAGGGCCACUACUACGGCUGCAUUGUGAAGAAGAAGGUGAUGUUCCUGGAGGAGAUAAAGAGAGACACCCCUGACUUUGGCUGGAAGUUCGGGGCCGUCCACGGCCGCUCCGGCACGUUCCCCGCCGAGUUCGUCCAACCAGUGGCCGCCCCCGACUUCAUCAGCCUACCCGUGGACAGGAAGGAGGAGCCCAAGAACAAGGAGGGGCGCGUGGCGGCAUCAGCGGCGGUGGCAGUAGCCGUGGCGUCCACUGCGGCAGCGCAUGAGUUGGACCGAACCACUGAGGUGGCUCCAGCUGUCAGUGAGUACACCGAUGCUUAUGAAGGCGGCACUGCAGAGGUGGAUGAGAGGAUGUUACAGGACAGCAGAUACAGUAUGGUGGAGUUUGCCAAGAAAUACUUCAGGGAGGCCCAAGGCAAAGACAGCAAUUCAUAUAAACAGAGGUCUAAGAAAGGCAGAGACUCAAGGGAACCGUCCGAUAUGGUGAAAUAUUCCAAGUCCCCAGUUCCGGAAUCUUUGAUCGAUUUCACUGAUGAAAACAUGAACAAGGUGGCAGCGGAUAUUUUCCUGGCUGUGAUGAAGUUCAUGGGAGACUACCCCCUCAAGGGCCAGACAGAGCAGGAGGUCGUCAACACCUUCCUAAGGCUUAGCGGGGAAUACGCACUAAUGAAGGAUGAAGCUUACUGCCAGGUCAUCAAGCAGAUAACUGCCAACACCAGCCCCAAAAUGGACAGCUGCCAGAGGGGCUGGCGCCUGCUCUACAUCCUCACGGCCUACUACCGCUGCUCCGAGGUGCUGAAACCGUUCCUGCUCAAGUUCCUGCAGGAUGUGGGCCGGACCGCUGGCGUGCACUUCCAAGGGAUCGCAAAAGCUUGCGAGCAAAAUCUGAGGAAGACUUUCCAGUAUGGUGGGCGUACUCAGUUUCCAAGUAACAUGGAACUCAAAGCCAUGGUGGCCGGCCGAAGCUCCAAGCGGCAGCUCUUUCUCCUGCCUGGAGGCAUUGAGCGCCACCUCAAGGUCAAAACUUGCACGAUUGCCCUAGAUGUCAUCGAAGAGCUCUGUUAUGAGAUGGACCUGCACAGGCUAGAAGCCAUGGAUGAAUAUGCUGUCUUUGUGGUCACUAACAGAGGUCAGAACGUUCGCCCCCUGACCAAGAAGGAGUACAUUCUGGAUGUGGCGACGGAAGCCGAGCCCAUCGACAGCAGCUAUAGCUUCUGGUUCCGAAGGGUAAUCUGGUGCCACCCAAUGAAGUUUGACAACGAGCUCUGCGUCACCAUGCAUUACAACCAGGUUCUCCCAGACUACCUGAAGGCCCUGCUCAACACCAUACCUCAGGGGAAGGUCAGCGAGCAGCAGCUCCAGCAGCUGUCCAAGCUGGCCGCUUUGCAGCACCGCGCUUCCGACAGUGUCUACUUGCCCACCAUCCGGGAGGUGCAGGACUGCAUUCCCCCACAGCUCUACGGACCGCAGCGUCCUCAGCAGUGGUUAAACAUGGUCACCCAUCACAUGCAGCAGGUCCAGGCCCUCAGCCCACACCAGGCCAGGGCCCAGUUCCUGGGGCUGAUCAGCGCCUUCCCCACGUUCGGCUCGUCCUUCUUCUACAUUCAGAGCAGCAGCAAUGGCGCCAUCAUGGCUCCCUGCAUUCUGGCUGUCAAUCAGAACGGCCUCAACUUCCUCAACAAAGACACCCACGAGGUGAUGGUGAAGUUCCCCCUGAAGGAGGUACAGUCCACACGGACCCAGAGGCCAACAGCAGGUUCCAGUUUCCCAUACGUGGAGAUCAUGCUGGGGAACCUAAUGACUCAGCGUAUAUCCCAAUUACAGCUGGAGCAGAGUCUGGAGCUCUGUCGUGUCAUUGCCAUGCACGUGGAGAACCUGCUGUCCAUGCGGGAGAAGCGAUUGACGCUGCCGCCCAGCGAGAUCACCUUACUGUAAGGACAAAGGGGUCCAUCUCCAAGUCAGCCAUACAGACAACAACUCUUCAUCCUGGUACAUGCAUUUAUCCAGUGACUUAUAAAGUUUACAUAUUUUUUCCAAUGUUUUUUUUUUCCACAAAAUAAAGAUAUUUAAAAUAAUCAAGUCAACAGUAAUGUCUAAUUCUUUAAGUGCGGCAACACAAGCUGGAAAAAAAGCGUCGGACGCCUGAAAUGAGUUCAUUGGAAUAUUCAGAUGUACCAAACAGUCUCACAAAUCCCAUAGUUUAAUGCUAACGGGUGAAAAGACAUAUGUGAUCUGAUGUUUAAAAUGCAAUGUGUUGUAUUUAUACACCCAACGUGUCUCUAUGGAUAUUUUAAAUGUAUGUAAACGAAGACUGAAAUCAAUUAAUAGCGCUAUUUUUGUAAAACAUUAAAUAUUUAUAUAGAAA